CGUAUAUUUGGAUAUCAACCGACACGUUAGGAAAAAAAAAAUGCCACAGCUAGAAUGCUAUUUACGUUCCAGUUGCGAAUCGUGGUGCGUGUGUUCACGGAACUACCUUUUAGACAGGAGUGCCCGAUCGGAGCUCAAAAAUAUGGUUAAAAAUAAGAAACAGAUAUUCGCGGCCCUCUUGCUCUUGGCAGUGAUAGUGCUGUACGUUAAGUUUGAAGCACUACAGAAUGAAAUAGUUAUUCAGAUCACAGAUGUAAGGACAAUUUCUUCACGAACCGUCGUGUUCAGCGAAUCAUCUGUACAGGUUGCGAAUUCGUCUACUACGUACCGAUUGUGGACGAAGAGCCCGGAUCAUCAGGAUGGGAUAUACCAUCUGCCGGACGUUCAACGGAACGAGCACGAGAUACAGCCUGCGAAGAAUAUCUUCUUCAUAGUAUCCACUAUAACAAGGAUGGGCAUAGCCAACCUAACUGCCCGGCAAUCUUGUGCGAUCGAGUCCGCUGCAAGAUCCAACCCGGAUUGGAGCGUGUUUGUGCUGUUCACGCCAGCUACCUUGUUCAGCUUCUACAACAGUAGCCAUAUCAUUCCACUACUGGUUUAUCCGAACGUUCAUCUAAGGCGAAUUAAUGUGACAACCUACGCGGUUGGAACACCUCUGGAAAACUUCUUCGAGAAAAAUUCCCUUAAGAAUUCCAGCUACAUCGUUGAGCACACAUCCGAUAUCCUAAGACUUCUCACGCUGUACAAAUACGGAGGCACAUAUCUGGAUACGGACGUGGUAGUAAUGAAAUCUUUGAACGAGCUACCACUCAACUAUCUUGGAUCCGAAGGUGAUGGUUACAUCGCUAACGGCAUAAUCAACUUUCAAGCCAAAGGAUAUGGGCAUGCAGUCGCGGAAUCUUGUUUGAUUGAUAUCUCUGCAAAUUACAACGGCUCGGUGUGGGCAGCCAACGGUCCUUUUCUGGUGACUCGUAUAAUGCGCAAGUUUUGCAACGUAACCAACGUGUGGGACAUGACGCGGGAAAAGUGUGGUGGACAGAUGACCAUUCUACCUCCGGAUACGUUCUUCCAGAUUACGUAUCCCCACCACACGUGGUACUUCGAGGAAGAGCACGCCAAAGAGGCACUGGAGAAGGUCUCCGGCCAUGUACUUACCCAUUUGUGGAAUAAGUUGACCCAUGGAAUACAGCUCCGGACGACUAGUAAGGUGGCAUACAUAGUGUUGGCAAAGUCGUAUUGUCCAAAUGUGAUAAGAAAUUGUAAGGAGUAUUUUUGAGUGAUAAUAAAUGAUGUCAAAAGCCGGAAA